CUCGCCACUGAGCGAAUGGACGCUGCCGGCCUCCCUCGCCGAUCCAGGCGAGUUUCCGCUCCGACACCGGGAGGCUGUGUGGCGGCACCCGGUGGGAGUGAGCACGGAGCCUCCGGGGGUCUGACGGCCCCGGCUCACACCUGCGUCUGGCCAGAGACCGCAGCCGCGAGGAAGGGGCGAGGCUCGACCUGCAGGGCGGCGGCUGCGGGGACAGAAGGACCUGUCUCAUCGGACCAGAUCGAGCAGCUCCGCCGGAGGUUUAAGCAGCUGAGCGGAGACCAGCCCACCAUUCGCAAGGAGCACUUCAACAACGUCCCUGACCUGGAGCUCAACCCGAUCCGAUCCAAAAUCAUCCGUGCCUUCUUCGAUAACCGGAACCUGCGCAAGGGGCCCAGCGGCCUGGCCGACGAGAUCAACUUUGAGGACUUCCUCACCAUCAUGGCCUACUUCCAGCCCAUCGACAUCACCAUGGACGAGGAGCAGGUGCAGCUGUGCCGGAAAGAGAAGCUGCGAUUUCUGUUCCACAUGUAUGACUCGGACAGCGACGGCCGCAUCACCCUGGAGGAAUAUCGAAAUGUGGUGGAGGAGCUGCUCUCCGGGAACCCGCACAUCGAGAAGGACUCGGCCCGCUCCAUUGCCGACGGGGCCAUGAUGGAGGCGGCCAGUGUCUGCAUGGGGCAGAUGGAGCCUGACCAGGUGUACGAGGGCAUCACCUUCGACGACUUCCUGAAGAAGCCAGCUUCCUCCCCGAAGGCUGGCCACCGCCACGCCUCCAGCCGGGUGGGCCUUUCCUGCUCGGCUAGCGCCUCCCCACCGGAGCUCCACAGCUUCCUUGGUGACCCCACUGCCACCCGCCUUUAGCAGGAACCGUCCUGGUGCCCAGGUAACUUCCAGGAACGUCCUGCUCACCCAGCGAGGGCCAGAGCCUCCCGCGGACCCAGGUGUUUCCUCUGGCCCUCACCCCACCCAGGGCAGCUGCAGGGCCCGGGAAGCGCGUGGCAUCGUGCGUGUGACAGUGGCCUCCCUGUGGCUUUGGCUUCCCCGUUUCCAGCCCCCGGCUGUCCCUGGAGACGCUGUGGUGACAGCUUGAGAGCUUGACGUUCUUACAUAAGCAGGGAGCCCUUGAGAAGUCACCGCCCACCACAUCCC